GGAGAGGCAAUGGUCUCGGCAGACUGACAGCAGUCCCUCUAUACACAUGCCUGUGUAUGCCUGGUGCUCCUGCUCUCAGCUAUCUCUUCCUUCUCUCUCUCUCACCAUUUCACAUGCUAAUGAGGGCGGAGCUGCAUGACAAGCAGUUUCAGCAAAAUAUCAAAUGAGGUUCUCCCAUCUGUCAGUGCUGUCCUCGGGUCACAGAUGGUCUUUGCCUUAAACUUUUCAGACUUCGUGUCUUCCAAACAACCUAAUAAAAGCCAAGAGACAGUGAUUUAAAAGAUGUCAGCUUACCGCAUUCUGCUGAUAGGUAAGACCGGAAAUGGAAAGAGCACUACGGGCAACGCCAUUCUGGGAGAGCAGCAUUUUAAGCCAAAGCGUGGAAUGAACUCAGUGACGGCUGUGUGUGCCUGGAAGAAGGGCUACAGAUGUGGCUAUCCCAUUGAGGUAACUGAUACACCAGGGGUUUGUGACACUCAUAAAACUGAAGGUGAAGUGGAAAGGGAGAUCGCCAAGUGUGUAGGGACCAUGGUGCCAGGACCUGACGCCAUCUGCUUUGUAAUCAAAGGAUCGGAUCGGUUUACGAAGGAGGAAAUACAAGCGUAUGAAAAUUUAAAAGCUAUUUUUGGUCAGGAAAUGACUAAAUACCUUAUUCUUGUCCUCACCCGAGUCUCUGAAGAGGAAUUCCUACAAGAUUGGCGCAACAAGGAAAGUCCUCUUCCUGACAGUCUUUUAAAAUUGCUCGAAGAAGCUGACAACAGGGUCGUCUGCUUCAGCGAGGAUAUCAAAAACCCAUCCUCCACGGAUGAAGAAGCGAGAAGACUGCUGCAACAUGUGGUCGACCUUAAGACUAAGAAUAACGGGUCCUAUUACUCAAACGACCUUGUCAAGAGGGUCGACCAAGAAAUUGCUGAAGAGGCUGAGAAGACAGGCGUCUCCGUCGACGAGAUUAAAGACGAGAUGGUUAAAGAUAUGAAUUCGGGACUCUUAGCGAAGUUAUAUCAUAUUAUUCCCAGUUUCUUAAGAGAUAAUAUGUUUUGUGCUGUUAUGUAAUAUGCAUAUUUGUCCGUUGUUCUCUAGCGGAACUCAGUGUGAAUCAAGAAUAUAAGCACGGCUAAAAUAGCUACCAUCUAUGGAAUGCUCUUCCCUAUAGCUCGCUCAGUGGCCAUCUGACUUCUCACUUCUAUUGGUCUGCUUAUUGUUCUCAACAUCUUUGCCUCCAUCUACUCAGCCUCUCUGUGUUUUGUAGUUUGGUUUGCAGCCUGUGAUGUUUAGUUUGAUAUUUCUAUUACUACUUUGUUUUAUUGCAAUGAGCACGCCUCUAUGCGGCACAGUGUGCCGUUAUGCUGUUGAUUGUGAAAAAAUUAAUUCUUUACUUGCUAAUGUCUCCAGCAAUAUUUGUAAACGUUUAUGGAAUACUGUAAAUUUUUUACUUAUUAAGAUAUUUAUACACACUAGUUUUUGAAAGUAGAAUCGUAAGAACGUGUUUUAUUGUAAAUUUGUAAAAGAUUAAAAAUCGGACAAUGUUCCUCAUAUCUGGGGGAUAAUGGUCCUUAAAUAUCUCAAUAGAAAUGAAAGUACUAAAUACAAGGAAUUCCGAAUGUAUAUGGCAAGUAUAUCCUGUAGUCUUAGUUGUUAUUUCAAUAUUAAUAAAUCUGUCUGUAAAAACAAGCAUUCUGUUAAAAAAGUUUUAUCACAAUCUUGUCAUAAAACUUUUAGAAAUAUCUCACGUAAUAAGCUAGCACACGUGUAACAUGGAGGUAUGGUCCUAAUUGUAAUAAUGCUACCAUUGUUAUAACACAUUUUUUAUAGAUUAAUAUGUACCGAGCAUCGUAAGUGUUUAUAAAUGCUGCAAUGUUCUUAUUCACACAAGCUAUUUUGUAUGGACUUUAAAAAACAUAGAUGUUUUAGAACUUACGUAGCAUGGAAGACAGUUAUGCUCCCUACAUCUUAACCCUGCGUGGUAUUUCAUUGGUUUCAUUCCCUUGUUAGUUUUUCUAUCAAAAUUUGUAAACGAACUGAUUAGAAAUUAGAAAGCAGAGUUUGUCACGAAUGAGCUUUUUGUUUCCUCUGUGGCCUUCCGUUGCCCUUGUAGCGUGUCGAAAUAAAGGUGAAAUAAUAUACAAAAUAAACUUGGUGGUCAUUGGUGCAAACUUCUUAAAAGCCUGAAUGUUCAGCUUUUCAAUGUAUUCAUGCAUUUAUACAUGAAUUCAUACAUUUAUAAGUUCAUGUAUGCAUUCUUAGACCUAUAUUUUGGCAUGCUUCCCUCUCGCAAUAUGGUAAAAAGUU